ACGCUUCAGGAGAUGUGCCGCUCAGUUCGCGUCGGGACAGCGGAGGUGUACGUUCAGCGCUCCUCGUUUGAGAGAAAGUAGGUUCGAAAAGCCCGUUUUCGUUCUAAGCUCUGCAAGGAACUCUUGCCGUUGGCCCUUUCUCUCCGUCCACAGGGAGGCUUGGUGGCCUGUGUCUCGAGUUUUCGGCAAAGAAUUCUUUCUAAAGGAAGGUGAAGGUCGCAGGCAAAGAUGUCCAGUUACGUGAACGACAUGUGGCCCGGCUCGCCGCAGGAGGACUGUCCCUCGACGUCUCGGUCGGGCCAGUCCAGCGGGCAGUCUUCGCGGUCCACGAGCCGCUCCUCUUCUAGAAGCUCGCCGUCCGAUUCUCGCGUCUCGAGUCGGUCAUCGUCCAAGAGUCGGAGCCGGCCCCGAAGGAGGAGCAGGUCAAGGUCUCGUUCCAGAAGGCGCCACCAGCGGAAGUACAGGCGCUACUCGCGGUCUUACUCUCGGAGCCGGUCGCCAUCUCGCAGCCGCCGGUACCGAGAGAGGCGUUAUAGGCCAUCCAGGCGGUAUUACCGGUCUCCUUCGCCGUACCGAUCCCGUAGCAGGUCGCGCUCUCGAGGAAUGUCGUAUUACAGGAGGGCCUAUGCGAUCACGCGGGGGCGACGCUUUUACGGCUUUGGUCGCACGGUGUACCCGGAGGAACACAGCAGGUGGAGGGAGAGAUCCAGAACCAGGUCUCGGAGCAGAACCCCCCUUCGCUUAAGUGAAAAAGAUCGAAUGGAGCUGUUAGAAAUAGCAAAAGCCAAUGCAGCAAAAGCUUUGGGAACAACCAACCUUGACUUGCCAGCUAGUCUUAGGAAUGUUCCUGUAGAUAAACAGACAAGCCGUGGAACAGCUGUACCAAGUAAUGGUGCAAAGGUCAAGCUGUCAGAAAAGCUAACAGAAGAUGGAAUUAAAACUCCUAAUGAGAAAUCUUCCCAGCAAAGAAGCAUAGCUUUUAGCUCUAAUAAUUCUGUAGCAAAGCCAAUACAGAAAUCAGCUAAAGCUGUUGGAGAAGAACUAUCUUCAGGUUCACCUAAAAUAGAUCAGAAAAAAAGUCCAUAUGGACUGUGGAUACCUGUCUAAAAGAAGAAAACUCAUAGCUAAGUUUGUCUGAAACUGCACUUUAUUGCAAGUUUGUUUUUGUAGCAUUAUUCCCAUUCUUUUUAGUCAUUUAGUGGUAACUGUUUCAGUUAAAAACCAACACAAAGUGAAUUCAAAUAUUAACAUUUAGGUUUCUCUUGCAGAUAAUGAGAUAGCACAAAUGGACCAAAGGUUACGUACAGGUGGGAGUCUUGUAUAUUUGUAAAUAUUGUAUAGCAUCAGUUGAAAUUUGUAAGACAAACUCAGUAAAUGAACUGUUUGAGUUUUGUAUAUUUGUUAAUAAAUUUCUUGCUUUUAUUCUUU